CGAAAUGACGCUGGCCAUGAACGCUCAUUCCCCACGACCGCGACGACAUAGGCAUGCUGGCUGGAAGGGAGCUGCAGGAUGGACGAGCGUGGGUUGAGAGUCCGUACUUGAGGUCGCUGAUUGCCGGCGGCCUCGCAGGCACAACCGUCGACCUCUCCCUCUUCCCCCUCGACACGCUCAAAACCCGCCUCCAAUCCUCCGCCGGCUUCACCGCCUCGGGCGGCUUCACCGGCAUCUACCGCGGCGUCGGCUCCGCCCUGAUCGGCAGCGCCCCGGGCGCAGCCCUCUUCUUCAUCACCUACGACUCCAUCAAGCGCGCUCUUCUCCCACCGGCGGCCGCCGACGCGCUGGCAACUACAUCAACGACCCUGACCCUGACGGAUACCACCAUAACAGAAGGCAGGAUCGCGUACAAUGUCGAGGGAAAGCCGUACACGGAGCACACCCGGGCCGCAGACAUGGGCGAGAAGGGCAGAGCGGCCGCCGUGCACAUGCUCGCUGCGUCGGCGGGCGAGAUCGCCGCCUGCGCUGUCCGCGUCCCCACCGAGGUCGUCAAGCAGCGCGCCCAGGCGAUUCAGCAUCCUUCGUCCCUGUCUGCGCUCGUGCAUAUCCUGUCGCACCGCGGAACCCACGGUUACCUGCACGUAUGGCGCGAGUUGUAUAGGGGCUGGGGCAUCACCGUCAUGCGCGAGGUGCCCUUCACCGUGAUACAGUUCCCGCUCUGGGAGAGCCUCAAGCAGUGGCGGUUACGUUCCACGGGCCGCUUGGGACCGGGCCACGACGUCUCGGGGCUCGAAGGCGGCGUGUUGGGCAGUCUGGCCGGGGCUGUGGCUGCGGGGAUCACGACGCCUUUGGAUGUGCUGAAGACGCGCAUGAUGUUGGCGAGGGAGCGGGUGGCCAUGUUGACCAUGUUGAGGACGAUCUUGAGGGAGAGCGGGCCCCAGGCCUUCUUCAAGGGGCUGGGGCCCAGGGUCGGGUGGAUCAGUGCCGGCGGCGCGAUAUUUCUAGGGAGUUAUCAGUGGGUGAGCAAUGUUUUGGGGGGAGUGGUUGUUUAGGGGCGUGGGACUUCGAUCUAUAUGACCAAGGCGGAAUCCAGGAAGAAAUGUAUGAAUAGGGGAAAACGAUUGGGAGUGGGAGGUCAAGAUAGGGGUUAUCUGGUACAGCGCAUAUAGCAUACCUCCAACGAGCAUACAAUACGUCAAUGAAUAGAC